AUGGGAGCCUGGAAUGUCAGAACACUCCUUGACCAUGCUAACACCAGCAGACCCGAGAGAAGAACCGCGCUAGUGGCUAGGGAACUCCAGCGAUACCGUGUCGAUAUCGCUGCACUCAGCGAGACCCACUUUGCCGACAAGGGAUCCCUGAAGGAAGAGGGAGGUGGAUUCACUUUCUUUUGGAAAGGGAAACGGCAAGCUGAAGACCGGAUCUACGGAGUAGGAUUCGCCAUUAGGUCAACGCUUGUGAAGAACCUUCCUGAGCUUCCAGUAGGGAUCAGCGAACGACUCAUGAAGCUUCGCAUCCCUCUCACCAAGAACAGGAACCUUAUUAUCGUUAGUGUCUACGCACCCACACUCUCAAGCCCAGAUGAGGCCAAAGAACAGUUCUACCAGCUCCUCGACGAGACCAUCAAGACCACCCCCAAGGCUGACAAGCUUGUCAUCCUCGGGAUUUCAACGCGUGAGUGGGCAGGGACUACGACAGCUGGGAGAGAGUCCUAG